AUGUGGGUGACAUUCUACCUCGCAAGACGGGAGGACCGCCGCCUCAUCACGGGCUAUGAUUUGGAAGGCUCAAAACACGCACGGCUGGCGCUUAGGCCUAGCGCGGCCGUGCCGCCGCGCUCGCCCGACGAAGAAGUGUUUGUGCCAGAUCUGAGCUUCUCAUCUACACCUUCCACUGGACUGCUGCGCGUGACAACAUCUGUGCCAACUAUGCAGCAGCAGUGUGCAACCGAUAGUUCGAAGACACAAGAUGCAACACAGAAGGACAGUCCACUUCGUGAUGUGAAUGUGAACCUAUCCGCAAUCGUGCCGACGGACACUGGUGACCCUAUGGACGUGCAGCCCUCUGGCGGUUCAACGAAUGCAGCCAAGCGAGGUCCCCCAGUCAACGUGCUUCAACAAGACGCCAUCGUAUCGGAGCAACCGGCAAAAAAGGGAGGACCUCAAGUGAGACCCAGCCGCUCCAGGGAACAAAAGCGCCAGGAGUCGGACGCUGGACGGAGCAGGAGCCGCUCCCUCUCCUACCCGCCGCUGCCGACCAGGCAGAGGUCUAACUCCCGACCCAGGAGCACUCAGCAAGACAAGCUGGCGAGUCCAGCGGCCGGACAGGAGGACGAGCCAGCGGGGGUGGCGCAGUCGGUGCCUGAAGGAAGCGUUCACCAGGUGACAACCAAGGCGCACAAGAAAGGAAAGAGGCAUGGACACAAAGAAGCGGGCCAGUCACCACCGGCCUCAAAGAAGUCGCACCAUCGGCGAAAGCAAGAGAGCGAAGUCGGCACGCACGUGACCAACGGACAGCACUCGCCCUUCUCGCCUGGGGGCGAAGAGCAUCUCGGAGAAUUAGAGCACUCCAAUGAAGCCGCUGCCAGGAUCGAUGGCGCCGCUGAAGCAGGAAGCGGCAAGGACGAGGCUGUAGUUAGCCCCGUAAGCCCAACGUCGGGGCCAGCCGCGCCAACACAAACGGCCCAGGCCAAGGGCACCGAGACCGCUGACGCUAGCGUCACCGGCGUGGGCAUUGGGCGGACGAAAAAGAAACACGGCAAGAAAAAGCGUGGCAAAGGCGGAGAAGUCGAGGCACCGUCGCCUGCCCCGGUCCUGUCGUCGUCGAGUCUGCUGAGCCCGCAGAGCCCCGACGAGCAGGGGGCGCAGCAGUCUGGCAUUUCCAGGCCACUCAGUGAGGAGUUCUCUCCACCGAAGGACCCGCUCUCGUCCCCCGAAGCGCCGGCCCAGCGGUCCACCGAUCAGCCGACUUCGACCUCGGGACCUCUGUCUCCGCCGGAGGCCGCUGCCAAAGAGGCCGGAGAGGAGAUCUCCAUGCAGCCGGGCGAAGUGCUGAUCCCGCGAGAUACGAUGCCUUCGGACAUACAGGGCUCGACGGCGCCGAGGGAGGAAGCUGCUGACGAGGUGGCGGCACGGGAGAGGCGAGAACACUUGUGCGGUGUGCGCGGCUUCUACCCGGACUUCCUGCAGAAGUACCGCACGCCACGCUGCGCGCUGACGGUGCUGUGCCUGGUGUCGUUCACGCGCAGCUUCUCGAUGGCUGGCGUCAUGAUGGUGGUGCUGCCGACACUCGAGCGGCGCUACCAGCUCAAGGGCUACGAGAGCGGCAUGAUUCUGAGCAGCAACGACGUGGCCAGCUGCCUGACCAUGCUGCCCGUGGCAUUCCUGGCAACGUCGCGCAACAAGCCGCUCUUCAUCGGCUACGGCAUCGUCACCAUGGGGCUGGGCAACUUCGUUGUGGCGAUGGUCCACUUUCUGUCACCGUCCUAUCAGUUGUCGUCGGCCGGGAGCGACUUGUGCCCGAUGAUGGACAUCGGGUCGUCGUGCGCCAAGUCCGGAAGUAUCAGGUGCGUAGUUCAGUGA